AUGAUGACGGAACCAGCGAGCAAUCAAGCGAUCGAAGUUGCUUCAAUAGGACCAGCGAUGAAAUUGGAAGCCGAACAAAGCGAGAGGAAACCCGUUCUUCAUCGAAGUCAUCGAGUUGCUAUACCCUUAUGCGUCUAUUCAGUUACCGCUUCGAUGUUCUUGCCCGUAUUUCAAUCACUUAUCUAUCAAAAGUGCAUUGUUGAAAGUUUUAGUAGUGUUGUGAUGUGUGUAAUUGGCGGUGUUUCAUCGGCGCUUUUGGGACGUUUGGGUGACGCAAAAUCACGAAAGAUGGCAUUGUUGGUGCCGUUCGCCGGAUUGAUUUUAGCAGACUGCACACUCAUUUUGCAGUCGUACUUUUCUUAUCUUUCAGCCUAUUGGCUGAUAUUAAGCGAGGGCAUGUUUGCGCUAUGCGGUGGUUACAUGUCGAUCAUCUCUUGUUGUUUUGCGUAUGCGUCUGAUGCUGUUUCGAAUUCACCAUCAAGGUCACGUUCGAAAACAAUCGCCAUUCUUGAAGGAUUUCUCGGUCUUGGAGGCACGAUUGGAUUUCUAUGUACACCAUUAUUGAAAGUGGUUGGCUUUACGACCGUUUUUACAGCAUUCUCGUUUUUGCAUUGCUUCUGUAUUCUUUGUUUCUUCCUGUUGCCCGACAUCAAACAUCAAACAGAAGAUGGUUUGCCGCGUCCCGAACGGACAUUCUGUGGGUGUAAAACAUUUAAUUCGCUGAGAAGAUCACGACAAAAAUCACAUCUGCCGGUAUUGGUCUUCUCAUUUGCAGUAUCGUUUCUUGCGUUCAUCGGUGAGUGCAUUGACGUUUGUGGUUCAAUACAUAUACUCUUCUAUUACCUCAAGUACCGUUUCAAUUGGGAUGCCACUUUAUACGGACUUUUGAAAGGACCACUUCAGGCUGUAUCCACCGUUGCGACACUUUUCCUAUAUCCGUGGCUGCGUUCACGUCGAAUAGCCGAUUGUUCAUUAGUAAUAGCUGGCAUUAUCUCAAGAUUGAUGGGUCGUUUAUGGAUUGCAGUUGCCUGGAAUACUCAUUCUGUGUUCUUAUGUGAGAUUUUGACUUAUAUUUGGUUUCGAUUCAGUUUUUGUUUAAUGCUUGAUGAUUUUGAUUUCACUGGUAUUUACUUUACCUGUGCUUAUUUUAUUUUGGAUAGAUAUCAUGUUGAUAUAAUUUUUAUCAAUGAGCCAUCGUUACUUUUAGUGAUUCCCAUUGAUUCGCUGUCUCGUUUUUCGGCCACUGGUCUACGUGCUAUGAUGGCAAAUUCUGUGAUGCCUGAAGAUCAUGGAUCUUUAUUCGCACUGGUCGCAGUCGUCGAGGCUGUCUGUAAUCUACUGGCAGCGGUAGUAUUCCAUCUCCUAUUCCCUGUCUCAAUUCCAGUUCUACCACAAUUCUCAUUCAUCAUCCUCGCGUCAUUCCUUAUCAUACCUCUGUGGCUUAUCUGGUCAGUUUAUUUAAAUUUUUGUUCUUUCGCGAAAUUCCAUCUUUAUUGCAAAAAUUUUGAAGUUCGCAUAACUUACAAUCAGAUAAAUUUGAAAUCUGCUCCAUUUUUGUCCUUUCGUUCCUUCCAACCGUAUUUGGUCUGA